AAGAACAGCUGUUUUUGUCAUAUACUUUGUUUAGAGAAAAAUUGUCUUGUAAACAAACAAAUAAUUAAAUUGUUUAAUUUGCACAAAAUAUUAAAAAGAUUCCUUUCAAAAUAAUUAAAUAAAAAUAACAUUAUAAAGUUUAAAAUCAUCAAAUAUUUUCUAGUUAGAAAUAAAUUUAUUGAUUUUUUUUUUCUUGUGCAAAAAAAUUUUAACUCACAGAUGGCUUCCGCAUCCAGUAGUAGUGCCCGACAUUUGUUUGAUGAAAGCAAAAAACGUCUCUGUGCUCGAGUUGCAGUCAAUGUUAAUAAUUUGGGUUCCGUCGCCCGACAGGUGGUACGAAGUUCUAAAUCUAAUGAGAUUUUAAAUCAAAGUAUACGUAAUUUCACCCAAGUCGAUAUAGUCUCCGAUUAUAGUGCUCAAAACUUGAAUAAAAUGUCUUUGAUUUUACAACAUGUCAGUUAUCAUUAUGAUGCCAUGAAUGAUAGUGUCAAUCAUUUGGAUUAUCUAAAGGAGCAGGUUACGGCCAUGGAAAGGUGACUGGAGGCCAAAAAAUAAGAAUUCCAAAUUUCUUUUCAAUAAAAAUAUAUAUUAGGCAUUUAUCAUAAGUUAUAGUUCGUUUCUUUAUAGAAUUAACUAUUUUCAGUUAAUUUUAAAAAUUUUCAUUUAUUACUUUUUAAUGCGAUUUUUGUCACUGCAAACAAUGUUGAAUGCUUUAGUACUUUUUAGCUUAUUGUAUAGUGUAUUUAGUUAAAUAUAAUUAUAAUUUAAUAAUAGUUUACAAUAUGUAUAGUUUUAAUCAAUAAAAAUAAUUUUCAUAAACACAUAAAUAUUUA